AUGGAGAAAAGUCAGUGGGAUCUCAAGAAGAUCCGUUUUCAACAGAAAAGGCUGACCAGAUUGGAUGACUUUGUGCACACCUACAAGGUGAUGCAUGAAGGUCUUCUACGAGAGUACCAAGACUCUCUAAAAAUCAAGACCAAGACCCACAGGGUUGCCGUUGAAAGGUGGAAACAAAGGAAGCAGGGGAGGAGAGGUGUAUAUGUCUCACCAAUGAAGAAGCCUUUUGAUUUCAAGAAACAUGAAAAGCAGAAGGUUUUAAAGACGAAGACAUCAAACCAGACUGAGGUCCAGGAGAAGUUCAUAAACACCAACGAACCAACCAACAAAACAGAUGUUGACACUUUGUUGGAGGAUGCACCGCCACCACCACCCAUGCUGGACACCCACCAAGACAAGAGGUUGUCAGUUACACUGUCAGAAGACCUCACAGUAUGUGUGUGGAAAGCAGAUCUGACUAUGUUUGACGUGGACGCAGUUGUCAAUGCUGCUAAUACGAUCUUGAGUCAUUCUGGGGGGCUUGCACUGGCUUUAGUUAAAGCUGGAGGGCCAGAUAUUGUUGAAGAGAGUGACCUGCAUAUUCGUAAGUGUGGCAAACUGAAACCUGGCCAGGCGGUAGUCACAAGUGCUGACAGGAUAGUGUCCACAAUAAAGGAGGUCCAUGAUCACAAGAAGCUCAAAACUCAACAUCGUGUGGUUCAUCUUGUAAACAACGAUGAGCCAUCUGUCAAAGAAAUGGAAAGGGCCUGCCUGGAGAUAUUAGUAUCACCAACUUCAGAAGCCACAGUCUCAGAGCAAAUGCCGAAGAGUAAGACAAUCACGGAUGAAGAACAGCAGGUACUUUAUGACUCAUAG